UCGCGAGGUAACUCCCGCGCACACCGCACGCGCGCUUCGGCUCACGUUACAAAUUUGAAUUAUUCAAAUGAAUAACAAACUUUUUUGACUGUCUUAUUUUUUUUUGUGCUCUGUGGACUAAAUUCGAGUGUAGUGAUUGGAUUCUAAUUUUGAAUAUAUUGGAUUUGUCUCGUUUACGUGUUAUCGAGGCGUCAUACCACAAAAUCAGAAGUACAAUGGGCUAGUGCUACCACGGGUACUCGAAGCCAAAAUGAACGAAAGUCGAGAGCGAAUCCGUCGGGAACGAGAGAGGGAGAAGAACACAUAUACCUCCCCUCGUCUCGCAUUACGUCGCGUGCUGCUAUUGGCUGAGGGACGACAGUUCCGGGAGGCGGCGGCCAUCUUGUCGAGGCUUGGGCCUGGAGUACUGCAGACGGUUGCUUCGGAACUGCCCAUUGAUCUGCUGGUGGAGGCUCUGCCACAUUCUGCUCAUCUUAUUGAGACUCUUUUGAACAGACUAAUCUCCCUGGAGGUGAACCCUAGGCCCGAUGUCCAGUGCGAGGCCAUAGCAUGGCGCCUGGUGGGUCUACUGGGAGCAGACCAGAGCUCAGGGUUGAGAGCCAGGACGGCGCGGCUGGCAUCCUCGCUGGUGCACUACACGCCAGAUUCAAGAGAUGCCAUCGAUGCCAGGAGACGACAGUUGGAUGCUGCUGUUCAGGGUAAGGGGGCACACGGUCUGACAGCGGACGCGACGGGCUCGCUGAUCUCGCUGCACGUGGCCAUGAAGAACGAGCUGCAGCGCCACGUGGAUGUCUACAAGCAGGCGCUGCACAAGCUGGAGGAACUGUCCCCAGUGACAGUAACCCAGGACCCUGCGGCCUCCUCCCACCAGCGUCUCCUGGCACUGUCCCACGCGGACGUGGAGAGGCGACUCAUAGACAACAAGUCACUCCUCACGAUAGUGGACAAGCCAGCGCUGAGGCAGCUGCCGACCCUGGUGGAUGCCCUGGCCGCUAGGGUCGAGAGCGACAAGGCUGUGCUCGCAUGCAUCGGACAGAUUAAGCGCAGUGAUCCGACGCUGGAUUUGAAUGAUACGAGGCCAGUAGCAGGGGUACUGAUGACGUACUCCCGCGGUUGCGCGGCCGUGUUGGGCCAGAUGUGCGAGGAGGAGCCGGCCAGCAGCGACGCCACCACACCACGCUCCACUGACUCCGCCAGCGACGGCUACCACUCCGACAGCGAUGACUCCAACCAGCAUCCUGACAGGAGUAAGCUGGUAUCGCAGUACGCAGCCGUGUGGUCGCGUGCAGCAGACGAGACGAUCCCCGCCCUGUCAGCGUUGGAGCAGUUGCGUCACACGCCACACCUCAAGUAUAAGAUCGUCUUCUCUGUCGUCGUUCUAUCGUUCCGCGCCGUCAUCAGCCUCCGCGACCGGCGCCUGAGCGAGAUGAAGACGUUGCUGGGUGUGGAGCCUGGCUCCAGCGACCCCAGCGUGGCUCGACUCAUGGCUGCUGCCACCAGGGUCCUGCAGUCUACAGCACAUAACUUCCCACUUGGAGACGCAGAGCGGACGGUCAUCAACCAGGUGGUGAGCACCCUACGAGAGUACCCGUGCCUGUCAAGCUGCAGUGCACUGCAUGCUCUAGCGGCUGCCGCCUGCCGCGCCGCCUGGCCACUCUGCCUGCACUCGCCCCCGCUGCGUAUCGACACUGACUUCACGCCAGUGGUAAUGAACCCGGAGAAGCACGUGCGCUUCACCCCCGAAGGUCGCGAGGGUCGUGACCGUCGCUCGGACCUCAUCAAGUCCUUCGUGUGGCCCGCACUCAUGGACGGCAACCGCUGCGUCUUCCGUGCCGUCGUCCUCACCUGAAGGACCUCCUACACCUCGUAACUCUUCAUUAUAGGAUGGCUGGCCAAGGUUUUACAUUGGAUCAGUCUCUCCAAGCUCAUUUACACAUGUAGAGAUAAUUUCAUUGUUAGAGCAAGUCUUAUUUGCAACAUGUUAUGCAUUUGUAUUGUCGUAAUGGCUGGUGUAGCUCUGAUGAUAUUGUAUUCUUAAUUUUGGUCCUUUUGAUCCUCUUUGUUAAAAUGAUUUAUGUGCCAAAGGACCAGUUGCAUCAGAUAUGCAUGGAUCCUGAAUCAUAAUAUUAUCAUUAUGUAGAUCAGGAGUAGGUACGUGUUAUUAUGUUUGACUUGUAUGUUAUGUAUGAUCCAUUUAACAAUCGACAUGUUACUUCAAUGAUGCACAUUCGUCAUCAAUAUUAGCAUGAAAAUGACGAAAUAUUCAGAUCCUUUUGCUAUCAAUAAUAAAGCCACAUGAUGCUACGUUCGUUCGUGCUCGUCACGGCAUGUUUGUGAAAACGUUUCUCUUCUUGUACAGUUGUUCUUCUAACUCCUCUAAGGUCGUUAAUAUAGUGUUAGAACUAGAUGUAAUAAAUUAUUAUUGUUUACUAUUAACAUUGACGAAUAAAUAAUAAUUUAAGCGAAA